UUUAGAUUUCAGAUUUUCGAUUUACCUACUAACCCCUAUCCCAGCUUACCUUACUCAAACUCGAACGAACAUUGAAGCUCAUGAUACUAACAUCUAAAGAAUUGAUACAAGUCCAAAAAAAAAUUCAUGUCCAGGUGACAUGAUCUGAUUCGAUAUUAAACACUUUGGUAUGUAUGUAUUUAGGUAUUCUAUAAAGAGACACCUACCUAGGUAACCUACCCUUGGUGGUAAGUACGGCAAACGGUUUUCAACAGGGGGUGCGGGGCCAGCCUAGGUAGGUAGAGCUACAUAUUAAGCUAAUAGUCAUGACGUAGACAUGGCUCGACUCACACGACUCAAUCAACAAGGCCGGGAGCAAAGCAAGGUUUCCUGUUCUAUUGUUUUCUUUCUUAUACCCAGGAACAUCCGUCUAAUAAAUAAUAAAUUAAUAUCCUAAAUAAUAUCACCAGAAAUUAUUUUGCGCUGGUAGCUUGACCUUUUCUCUGUUACCUACCCUACAUCUUAAUACCUGUAUAACUUAUAUUACUUAUAUAACUUACCGAGGUUUUCCAAAGAGAUCAAUCAAAGUCACGAGAUGAAUAAACUCUGGGGAGGCUCGAAGAGAGGCGACGAUAGUCCGCGGCGUUCAAUAGACCAACGAGAAGAUGAAGGAGAUGGGGCCAACGAACAUACUCGACUGCUGCCAAACCGAGUCGAGAGCACGCAGUACCAAGGUUAUCUGAGCCCGGAUGAUCCAGCGGUCUCACCAUAUAACCUCUGGAGCGUACGGCUUGUGCGGUACCUGACUAUCAUCUUCACAAUACUCACCUUUGUGUGGUGGACUAUCCUACUUGUCUCGAUAUUUGUCACACCCCCUGGCUUUCACACGAGGGGAUCAGGGUACUUCGCCUUUAGCUAUUCCAGCUUGACUUUAGCCAACCUGCUCUUCACCCUCAUAUUUUUUGCUAUACCCUCGAAAUCGGUUCGGAUAAUGAGCGUUGUCAUGGGGGCAUUGUUAUUGGUGGACACCAUCUUGUUGAUUGCAGUGGAGAAGACAAGGCAUGAGGAAGGCUGGGUAGGAAUGAUCAGUAUCACGUGGGCACUUUUGAUGGCUAUCUGGACCUUACUCGCCGACCGACUAGUCAAAUGGGGCAAGACCGAAGAGGAAGAGAGGCUGACCGGCCGAGCUGAAACACGACGCACCCUGGCUGAAUGGACUGCUGUUCUACUGUCUACCUUUUCCAUGGUUAUACUCUCUCUCGUGGUGUUCCUGACAACCUGCACCCUCAUUCUUCGCGCCCUCGAUGCUGGAUUGGCACCCCCAGGCGAGAUGUACUGGGUAGACGGGGAUAAAUAUAUGAUGCACGUUUACUGCCAUGGAAACAAGACUGACUCGAAGGGAGCCAAAGUACCCACAGUACUGAUAGAAGGGGGCGAGAAUUCUGUCGAGGAUGGUCUAUGGCAAUUUGCAGAGAACGCUGUGAAUAAUGGUUCGAUAAGCCGAUUUUGUUUUGUUGAUCGACCUGGAUUCGCUUGGAGCGACACUGCGCCGUCACCUCUGUCCGCGGGCAUGGCAGCCGAGGCUGUCAGCGAAGCACUCGCUCGAGCUGGUGAAGAUGGUCCAUGGGUACUUGUGAGCGCCGGCAUAGGGUCCAUCUAUUCUCGAAUCUUCUCUGCUCGCCAUGGCGGAGACGUCAAGGGGCUCCUUUUUAUCGACCCGCUCCAUGAAGAUGAUCUUAGUAGGGUAGGCUCACCAACAAGAGGUUUCAAGCUUUGGAUUCGGGGUAUAAUUUCCCCGCUAGGCCUUGAUCGCGUCCCAGGCGCACUCUUCAAUGGCCGAACCAAAGAAGAUCGAGUAUGGGGACAGAGCGCCUACCAGACUGGAAAGUCCCUGUUCAUGCAACUACAAGAGAACUUGGUGGCCGACACGUUGUCGAAACGUGACCUGGCCAGUAGCUCUGCCAUCCAGAACCCGGAUGUUCCGCUGAGUCUAAUCAGCUCCGGUGUUGAAAUCCGGAGGGAUAGCGGAUGGGAAGAUAAACAACGGGAUAUCAGUCAUCUCACGCACAAGUUAAAGCAUUGGGAUAUUGUCGAUGAGGCGUCUCAUGAAGUUUGGAGAAGUCGCAACGGGCGGGAUAUUAUUGAAAAGAGACUAAAGCAACUAGUAAAUGCUGCGUAGGUAAAUUGUCGUGGUUAUACUAAUUUAUAUUAUUUAUAUUUAAAUUCAUAGUUAAAGUGGAGACAUGUUACCUAACUAAACACA